AUGGCUCUGGACAGCGGACGUAGGGAUCUGCUGUGGAACACGCUGAGGGAGCUGGGGGAGGAUGACUUUGAGUCCUUCAGGUUCCACACGGGCCUGCCUAGAAGCGUGCGUGAAAACACCUGCCGUGAGUACAUUGCUGACAAGCUCUUGAUUAAGCACGGUGAGAACACUCUGGAUGAGACCGUCAAGAUUCUGGAGAAGAUCGAGAACAACGAUUUGGCCGAGAAGCUGCGCAGUGACAUGCUGAAAGUUAAAGGCGCCGACUUCUCCGUCCACGAUGACGAUCAGAUUGCCAUAUUGAAGACGGAGCUCCAAGAAAACCUGCGGCGUUUAUACAGGUUUGCUUCUGAGGGCAACACCGAGCGCUGGCAGCAGCAGCCCCUGGAGGACGUCUACACGCAGCUAGACGUCACCUACGGGGCAGACGUCAGCCCAGACGGGCGGCAUGAGGUCCUCCAGAUGGAGACGUGUGCCGCCGCGGCCAAGCAGUCUAUCCUGCCGUGCGAUAUCUUCAAAAACCAUGAUGGGAAGACCCGCCCGAUACGCACACUUCUCACCAUUGGCUUUGCAGGAAUUGGGAAAUCCUUCUUGGUUCAAAAGUUUGUGUCGGACUGGGCCAGCGGUAGUACUAACCAGGACGUGGACUUCAUAUUUCCUUUCACCUUCCGCGAGUUAAACAUGGAGAAAGGGGAGAGAUUUACGUUGGCUGAGCUGAUCCAAACUUUUGUCUGCGGAGACAGGCACAUGAGCGAGAGACUGAACAAUAUAUUUGUCGACCUGAAAACUUCUGGGAAACGGGACUUUGAAAGCAGCGGGAUCAAGAUCUUGUUUAUCCUCGACGGACUGGACGAGUGCAACUUCAAAAUCGACUUGAAGAAAGUGAGGAAAGUGGAAAUGGAUAUGAGGGAAAGCUACCCGCUGGAGGAACUGCUGGCCAAUCUCAUCAAUGGGAAGCUGCUUCCCUGCGCCAGGGUUUGGAUCACCACGCGGCCCGCGGCAGCCCGCGACAUCCCCUCCGACCUCAUCGACAGCAGAACAAAGGUGCGAGGAUUCAGCGAUUCCCAGAGGCUGGAGUACUUCAGGAAAAGGUUUCCAAACGAGGAGCGCUUCAUUGAGCACAUUCGGAAAUCUCGCACCAUCUUCAUCAUGUGCCACAUUCCCAUCUUCUGCUGGCUCACCGCAACAGUUAUUCAGGAUCAUUUGGACAAAAGGAAGGAGGGAGAGCUUCCCACAACGCUGACUUACAUGUACUCAGCGCUUAUAGGUCUUCACCUGCAAAACUUCAAGGAGAGAAAUACAAAUAAGUACAUCCCUGACGUGAAAGCGCUCGCCAAAUUGGCCUUUGAACACACCAUGAAUAACUGUCAGAUCUUCUACGAGAAGGACCUGGCGGAUAGCGGUUUUGAUUACGGCCAAGCUGCAAAACACUCCGGAAUAUUCACUGAGGUCUUUAAGGAGGUCCCUCCGCUCAGUAGAAACAAACAGAAGAUGUUUCAGUUCAUUCACCUGACCAUCCAAGAGUAUCUGGCUGCACUGUACGUGAUGAUGAGCCUCUUCCACGACAAAAAGAAUGUACUGGAUGGUUCAGGGCGGGAAGAAAUUUUCAUGCCUGUUGAGGAGAAGACAAUCACUGUGGUCCACAAGUCAGCUCUCCAGAAAGCCUCGGAGAGUGAAGGAAACCUGGACCUAUUCCUCAGCUUCCUCUUUGGCCUUUCCUUGCCUUGCAACCAGGAACUAGUGGGGGAACUGCUGAAGGCUCCUCAAGGCUGCGGGCAAAGCAAGUCAAAGACAGUCGAGUUGAUCAAGGAAAGGAUCAAACAGAACACUCCAGAAAAGAAUGUCAAAUUGUUCUACUGCCUAAACGAGCUGAAGGACGACUCCUUGCUGAAGCAGAUCCAGUAUCAACUAGUUUCAGGUCGUUUGUCCAGGCGUCAAAUGUCAAAUGACAUGUGGUCGGCUCUGGCCUUCUUCUUACUUACAGACGACAAAACCAUGAAGUCCUUUGAUCUGUUUAGAUACAGUCCAUCGCGAUUGGGGCUCGAGAAGCUGCUGUUGGUGGUCAAGGCCUCUCAAAAAUCAGUCCUGUUUGACUGUGGGCUCACCAGUAAAGGAUGUGUUUCAUUGGCUGAGGCACUGAAGGUAACCUCCUCCCAUCUUCAAGAGCUGUACCUUAGCUACAACGAUCUGUUGGACAAGGGGGUCGAGAUGCUCUCGAAAGGACUGGCCAGCCCAAACUGCAUCUUAAAAGUCCUCAAGCUGGUGAAUUGCAAUAUCACACAGCAAGGAUGCAUUUCAUUGGCUGAGGCACUCAAGGUAACCCCCUCCCAUCUUCAAGAGCUGGACCUGAGCAAGAACAAUCUGUCUGACGAGGGGGUUGAGAUCCUCUCGAAAAGACUGGCCAGCCCACACUGCAUCUUAAAAGUCCUCAAGCUGCACAACUGUGGGAUCACCCAUAAAGGAUGCAUUUCAUUGGCUGAGGCACUCAAGGUAACCCCCUCCCAUCUUCAAGAGCUGGACCUGAGUGUCAACAAUCUGUCGGAUGAAGGGGUUGAGAUCCUCUCGAAAAGACUGGCCAGCCCACACUGCAUCUUAAAAGUCCUCAAGCUGUGCUACUGUGGGAUCACGAAUCAAGGAUGUGUUUCAUUGGCUGUGGCUCUGAAGUUAAACCCCUCCCAUCUUCAAGAGUUGAAUCUCAGCAACAACCAAAUAGAGGAAAAACAAAAUAGGGUUUUAUUGGAGAUCAAGGAGGAUCCCAGCUAUAGCCUGAAGACUGUCAAGUGUCGGCGCUACGGGCAAAGCGGCCUCGCUCACAGAAUUCGAGGAGGUCGUCGUCGUCGGGUUCUUUGCAGCCACAUGGAGGUGGAGUUCAACGACGUUCCCACCAAACUGCUGGCAUUUGUUUUCAUCCAUUUGUACUGA